UAUUUGUUAAUUUAGAACUAGGCAUAAAUAUAUCGUUAAUUCUCUUUGGAUACUUACACAGGACAUUUUGCAUCUAUCAAUGGACUAGUAUGAUGUGAGGAGGAGUAAAAUAUGUAUCGAAGGCGCGUCAAGAAUAAGUUCAACAGCGAUCAAUCUGGCGUUUGCUGUCGACUGUUCAUGAUGUUAUAGGACUAAUCUGGGAUGCCGCUUGAUUAACUAACGCAAAGUAAAACAAAACUGACAGAUUCGCAGGUGAAUGUAAAAGUUAAUGCUGAUUUAUGGAUACAAUCUCUUGUUAUAGCGGACAUGGAUUUACAGAUACGCAUGGGAAUAUUAUUUGAACACAUCUUGCUGUGUUUCCUUACAUGCCCUCUCUUUGUCCUCUGCCAAUGUCCAAAAGAUGCCUUUGCAAGAAGCUUUAAUUGUGCCAAUACAAUCAUUCUAGCUAAGUCCUCAGAAAACAUCGUACCCGUUGUUGGAGGUGGCCAUCUUAACAAUGUUAGAGAUUCGUGCAGAAAGAACAAAUACGACACCGCCCUGGAAUGCAUUGAAGACUUGCACACUGCAUGUAAAGGCAAAGUUGAAGAACUUAUAGAUGUGAAUGCUAUGAGAAGAGCUUGGGAAAAUAUUUGUGAUCCAGAAAAUCUAAUGGUGUACUCCGCACAAGCCCCGUGCAUGCGUCGUAACGUGAGAAGGAUAACAGAAUGUUUCGAAUCUGCGAUGGAGAAGGGAGAAUCACUUGUAGUACCUUCAACUGGUAAUGUUGAACGGGAUCGGAUAACUAGCAUGAUGGCUAAAGUUUGCAUAUCACAUGACUAUUCAAACAAAUGCAUCGAGCGUGUCCUUCGUCAGUCCUGUAGCUCAAGCAUAUCCAAACUCUUGACUUCAUAUAACAAUGCACAGACCCCACAAAUCUGCUCAAGCGAUGCCGCUGUCCAGCCUUCGGUACAAGCACUCAACUCCGCCUCAGUUCAUGGUGGUAGACUAUUUGGACUGACAAACGUUGUGCAUGUUCUUUUGUAUAUAGUGACCUAGAUAGCUAGGAUAUUGACUAGUAUAGCCCAAUUAAAUCGAGUUAAAGUGACCCUUAUCAUUGUACCCCUGGGUCACUCAUGUCCAAGAGACUCGAGAUAGUGUUAUAAGUGAUAUAAUGUAAAAGGUUCUUGUAUGCUUUCAUCAAGCCGAUAUCGUUUUGUAUUUGAUUUUCGUUUUCGUAAAUGUCAAAUUCAGUUUGACAUAUAUUAAUAAUAAGAUAUGUAAUGAAUAGCAAUAAGAAUGUUGAAAAUGAUUACAUGCAACAAUAAGUGCGGUUACAAAUGUCACUAUGGCGAUAUAUAAUCCUACAUGUUUAGAUAAUUUCAAUCAUGUAGGAAUAGCCUCCAAUGAUGUUCGGGAAAAGGGAAGUUGAAAUCGAUUGACAAUUUAAUACCAUUGCAUGCAUUUGGACAUUAUGAAAAACAUAUCAAUAUAUAUAUAUCAACGAUACAGGCCUCACUUGCUUUUUGAUAGCCCUUUACUUUGAGUUUUUUAUUAUAUUUACAUCAGGAC